AUGUUUGCUAUUGAUGGAAAAGAACAACCGAACAAGUCUUGGAACAAAUGGAACCGCGAAUCCGAUAAUCCCGACUUCAAAGGCAAGCGACCGUACUGCGAGUUCCACAGGUUCAACGGACAUUCGACUGAGGAAUGCAAAACACUUCAAAUGCUGCUUCUGAAUAAGUACAAAAAAGGUGACGUCGAUGUAGAACGGGAGCGGAGAAAAGUUGUCACACACAAAGAUAACCAGUAUUGCCUAAGAGACGAACAGCAUCACGAUAGACGGCGCGAAGAGGAAGCUGUCGCACAGGAUGACCGAGCAUGGGCACAAAAUGACCGAGAACGGGAAGUCGCUCGCUUACCUCCUCCCCCCAAACGGAAUCACGAAGCAGAAGAGCACGAUGAACCACCAGCUCCUCGCCGAAGGAUCAACAUGAUUAUGGGCGGCUUGUCAACAUGCCGCGAUUCUGUUAGAUCAAUCCAAGCCUACUGUCGCGAAACAGAAACAAAGCGCAACAUGCCUUCUCACAGCAACAUGUUCAAGACAUCCACCGCACCAAUUACGUUUACUGAAGAAGACGCGCGCAACGCUAGUCCAAACAAUGACCCACUUGUCGUAAAAAUGGUAAUCGGAGAAAGUUCAGUGACGAGAAUCCUUAUUGACAUCGGAAGCUCGGUCAACGUGAUAUUUAAGGAUGUACUGAUCCAGAUAGAGAUUGAUCUGCGCAACACAGUCCAUGAAACGCAGCCUUUGACGGGAUUCAAUGGAGACACCAUCAUGACUGUCGGAACUAUAAUGCUUCCAAUCUACGUCGGCAGGACAAUGCAGUGCUUCAACUUCGCAAUUGUAGACAAACCCAUCGUCUACAAUGUCAUUCUGGGAACACCAUGGCUCCACAAGAUGCGCGCUGUUGCUUCUACAUAUCAUCAAUGUGUUAAGUUCCCGAAUGCAUACGGAAUUUAUACGCUGUGCGGAGACCCUCUAAUGGCACGGACCUGUUUUAUCAUUGAGAAAAAGAUGCGGAACACAAGGGCUUUCGUAAUUGCUGAAUAA